UACAAAAUUCAAUAGUUUGAAACUAGAUUAAUAGAUGCGUAAUUACACAUCUGAGAUAUCUGUAGGCCUAUUUGUAUGUUCCAGGUUUAUCAUUUACCGUCAUAAGCAAAUUAUAUAAAAAGUAAUAGCAAUAGUAAAUUUCUCUUAAAAAGGUUGGAGGAUUGAAACAGUGAGCUCACUGCAUUGAUGCCUAUCUCGCGAGAACUCCUUCCGCCCCGUUCGAUGCUUCUGCUGCUUCUGUCGCUGUUGCUGCUGUUGCUGUGUAUUUGAUUGACAGGAAACAUGUCGGUGUGGAGGGAGAGCGCCGGGAUGCAGCUGCUGGCACGGGAGACGGGGAGUACCUGCACCCAGUGCACACACCACCUUUAAAUAACAGUACAGCGCCGUUUCGCGUUUAUCCAUUGUGCAAUGAAGAGUUAACUGUCUAUUUGUAUCUUUCUAAAAAUCUACACGCGCUGAAUGGAUUCUGCAGAAGCAAACGCUCUGUUCUAAUUUUUUAUUCUCUUGCAUUUCUGUAUAUUGUGUUUGACUCAGCCCUCAGCAUCAGUACCACUACCUGAACUACCCUGAUGAAAACACUCCGUCAAGAGAUACAAAAAGGACGAUUACAAUGGAGUCGCCGUCCAAAUAGAAUCGUCUUUUUAAAACACGUUUAAAUAAUCGAUAUACAUAGGCAUCUGUAUAUUUCUUGUUAUACCAUUUCAUUUUAUUUCUGUUAUAUUAGUUCACUGGUUUAUUCAGAAAGUAUUUUCUAAUAAAAUUAAGAAAAGUAAAAAUACAAACGACCACUGCUCGCAAACUAUGGACGAGGAGAAUAUGACAAAAAGCGAAGAGCAACAUCUGAGUUUGCAAAAAGCCUUGCAGCAGUGCGAGCUGGUGCAAAAUAUGAUAGACAUUAGCAUCUCCAGUUUGGAAGGUUUAAGGACCAAAUGUGCCACAUCCAACGACUUGACACAAAAAGAAAUACGAACGCUCGAGGGUAAGCUAGUGAAGUACUUCAGCCGGCAGCUGUCCUGUAAACGCAAGGUGGCCUUACCCGAGAGAAACGCGGAGCUGGAGGAGUUCCCUCACCUGGGCCACUGGUUCCGCAUCGUCAACAUGAGGAAGGAGGUCACUGAGGACAUCGGCCCGGGCCAGCUGACCCUGGAGGGCCUGCUGGAGAUGGACGACGAGCAGGUGUGCGAGACAGUGCAGAAGUUCGGGGCCAACGCCGAGGAGUGCGCUCGGCUCAACGCCGCCCUCUCCUGUCUGCGCAGCGUCCACAAAUCAGAACAACUUGAGGAUGACAAAUUGCACAAUAACGGAGGAAGCAGCCAAGCCAAGCAGGACUGGGCGAUCCAGUGGCCCAGUUCAGGGAAGGAGAUCUCCCCCGUCUGCCCGCCGGAACCAGGCCACUGGAUCCGGUUCCAGCUGUCCCAGAGCCCCAAGGUCCAGUCCAAGUACAACCAGCACUUCUGCAACAGCCCCCAGGCCCUGGCCCCCUCCUACUCGCACGUGGACCGGCUCACCGUGGACGGGCACCUGGGGCUCCUGCCCCCCCUGGACGCCGGGCACCGCUCCCUGCCCCCCUCCCCUCGCCAGAGACACUUCCCCCACACCCCGCCCCGGACCCCGCUGGUGGUCAACACCAUGACCCCGCCGGGGACCCCGCCCAUGAGGCGGAGGAACAAGGUGAAGGCCCCCGGCACGCCCCCGCCCUCGUCCCGCAAGCUGAUCCACCUGCUGCCCGGGUUCACCGCCCUGCACCGCAGCAAGUCCCACGAGUUCCAGCUGGGGAACCGAGUGGACGAGACGCAGAUCCCCAAGGCGAAGAAGAGGAGCAAACCUCUGAACCUGAAGAUCCACAGCAGCGUGGGCAGCUGUGAGAACCUGCCUUCCCAGCGCUCUCCUCUGCUCUGCGAGCGCUCCCUCCGUUCUUUUUUCUUCCCCACGUUCCUCCCGUCCACGCCCCCCGUCCACCCCGACGCCACCUUCUCUGCAAACACUCUCUCAGUGCCUCGAUGGUCUCCUCAGAUCCCCCGUCGAGACUUGGGAAAUUCUAUAAAACACAGAUUUUCCACCAAGUACUGGAUGUCUCAGACAUGUGUAGUUUGUGGGAAAGGAAUGCUGUUUGGACUGAAAUGUAAAAACUGCAAGUUGAAGUGCCACAACAAAUGCACCAAAGAAGCCCCGCCUUGCCACUUGCUGAUCAUCCAUCGUGGAGGUAGGGAUUCAAAAAGCAGUCCAGAUGGUACUCUCUCUUUGUCUGCUCCAGCUCGUCUGGUUCGGACCGAGUCGGUACCGUGUGACAUCAACAACCCCCUCAGGUACACGGAUUUGCACAUCAGUCAAACGCUCCCCAAAACCAACAAGAUCAACAAGGACCACAUUUCCGUUCCCUACCAGCCGGAUUCCAGCAGUAACCCGUCCUCCACGACCUCCUCAACGCCCUCGUCCCCUGCCCCUCCCCUUCCCCCCAAUGCCACGCCCCCUUCUCCCCUUCACCCCUCCCCCCAGUGCACUCGACAACAGAAACAGUUCAACUUAACAGCGUCUCAUUACUUCAAACACAAGCAGCAGUUCAUUUUCCCAGAUGUUGCUCCAGAGGCCCCGCCCAGGGCACCCCAGGUCAUCCUGCACCCUGUCCUCUCCGAGCCCGGUAAUGAAGGAAACCCCCUGCUACAGAUUGAGGUUGAACCAACAUCAGAGACUGAGGAGGGGAACGACGAGGCCGAGGACUCGGAGGACGAGUUCGAGGAGAUGAACCUGUCCCUCCUGUCGGCCCGAAACUUCCCCCGCAAGGCCAGCCAGACCAGCAUCUUCCUGCAGGAGUGGGACAUCCCGUUCGAGCAGCUGGAGAUCGGCGAGCUGAUCGGCAAGGGCCGGUUCGGCCAGGUGUUCCACGGGCGCUGGCACGGCGAGGUGGCCAUCCGCCUCAUCGACAUCGAGCGCGACAACGAGGACCAGCUCAAGGCCUUCAAGCGCGAGGUCAUGGCCUACCGGAACACGCGGCACGAGAACGUGGUGCUCUUCAUGGGCGCCUGCAUGAGCCCGCCGCACCUCGCCAUCAUCACCAGCUUGUGCAAAGGGAGGACCCUUUUCGCAGUAGUGAGGGAUGCCAAAGUUGUCCUCGAUGUCAACAAAACCAGACACAUUGCACAGGAGAUGGUCAAGGGGAUGGGAUACCUGCACGCGAAGGGGAUCCUCCACAAGGACAUGAAGUCGAAGAACGUGUUUUACGACAACGGCAAAGUUGUCAUAACCGAUUUUGGCCUCUUCACCAUAUCGGGAGUUCUACAGGCUGGCAGCAGGAGGGAGGACAAGCUGCGGAUCCCCAGCGGCUGGCUGUGCCACCUGGCCCCCGAGAUCAUCCGUCAGCUCUCCCCCGAGACCGAGGAGGACAAGCUCCCCUUCUCCAAGCAGUCCGACGUCUUCGCUUUCGGCACUAUAUGGUAUGAGUUGCAUGCACGCGAGUGGCCUUUCAAGAACCAACCAGCAGAGGCAAUUAUAUGGCAAGUUGGUAGUGGGAUGAAGCCAAAUCUGACCCAGAUCGGCAUGGGGAAGGAGAUAUCAGACAUCUUGCUUUUCUGCUGGGCCUUCGAGCAGGAGGAGAGGCCCAGCUUCUCCAAGCUGGUGGAGCUGCUGGAAAAAUUGCCAAAACGGAACCGCCGCCUCUCCCACCCGGGGCAUUUCUGGAAGUCAGCUGAGUAUGUCAAAUAAAUUAGGAACAAAAAAAAAAAAAUAUCCCCGCCCCUUUGAGUGCACUGAAUUUAAAAAAAAAAAAAGAAAAAAAAACAACCGCAAAAAAAAUAUAUAAUUCCAGCCGAUAAGUACAACUGCCUAGACUGUGUUCCCCUAUGGAUUGUGUAUGCACACGUGAGUAAAAAAAACAUGUUUAGAUAAUCAGUGAUAUCAGUUAACUAGACUACUCAGCAGCCUUUGAGCUCAUGUUUUUUGUUACAUGUUGAACAUGGAUUUUAUUUAAAUAUUUAAUUACAGUAUUUUUUGUUUUCUUUUUUUGUUUUUGUUGACUUUUCGGUUAUCAGUUUAUUUAUUAAUGUUAUUUAUUUUAAGAAUGACUUUUUAUUUUGUGUCAUGAAUCACUUCAAACUGAACUGCAUUUUUAUGAACGAAAUGCAAAUCCAAGUGUGUGUUUUUUUUUUCUUUUGUAAGAAAAUGUGGUUUUAGAUUGAGUGUAAUUAUUUUUACGAGGUGUGAAAUGUAUUUUUUGCUUUCGUAUUAUUUUUUUCCAUUUCUUCUGUCCUUGUCAUCCGUCUCUUUCACUGUUUGAUUCAUGCACUGUCAUGUGUGGUUGUCUGUGUGUGUGGUACGCUCAGUCACAAAGCUUUAAUUCCUGGGGACUCUCACAGUGUCUGUCUCACUGCUGAAUGUGACGAGGGGCAUCUCCCUGCCUGUGAGUGGUGAUGUCAGCAGGCGCUUCUGACUUCCUCCUAUCUACAAAAGCGAAUGUUUUCCGUUCGGGGCGAAAUUGGAACAAAAGACGAUAGCGUACUGACCACUGUGCCAAUCGCAGUCCGUCGCCAGAGGUCACUUGUGAUGUGAAUUUGACACUUGAAAUGUAAACAACGUGCUAACUGUGACAAACUCAUGGAUCCCUUCGAUGAGUAGCUGAUAUUGAGCCUGUGGGGGAAAAAAUAGCAUGCCUGUAAAGGCGCCUUGUUUCAUUAGGAUUUUUUCAUUGACGGGUUUGAGGUUCACUUUUUUAAACAACGCAGUGUUACGUUCGUGUGCGUAAAUGUGAGAGAUGAUAUUUACAGUCGCGUUUCAAGAGAGAGACACGACUACGACGGUGACAAAAAAAACAAUCGUGCCAAUUGCGAGCCUUGCACUUAAUCUGGUGUUAAAAUAUAUCCCUGAUUCUGAAACGGUAAAGUCUCUGUGACUGUCGCAUGUUUAACCGUGAAGUUAAAAGAUGCGUAUGUACAGUAAAUACUUAGGCUACUGCAUCUGGUCAUUUUUAAGUUAAGGAGGACUCUAUGAGCACACACAUUACCCGAUUAUUUGAACCUCUGACUUGGUUCAUAAAAUGGUUUCAUUAGUCGUCUCAGCCAACUGUAAAAUAAAUCCUAUGGUAGGUCGUAAAUACAGUGCCACGCCUAAUCAAGAUAGACAAUCCAUUGAUGUACAGCACAAAGUCAUUUACCCUGUAUAUUUAUCAUAUAUAUUUAUCAUAUAUGCCAGUAUCAUUACCGCAUUCAGUACAAAUAUUUUGCUGCUGUUUUGAAGAACACCUAUCUAUUUUGGAAUCAAUCUAUUACUGGAAUUCAGAUUUGUACGAAUUGAAUGUGGACCAUCUAUAUUUGUAAGUGUACUCCACUGUUUACAACUUCAAGUGCAUGAAAUGCUUUAGGAAGGGACAGGCCAGCGUUGUUUUUCCAAAAGAGGGAAGUUCUUUAUUUAGUUUGUGAUUUUUAAAACACACAAGUUUCUUGUAAGUGCACUGGAGUAUUUUCUGAAAACAAAAAACAAAAACAAACCUAAUACAUGUUCUUGCUGUAGCACCGUCAAAAAAUUUGGUUGCCGUGCUACCGCGAGCUUUGUAAAAAAUCAUAGUUGUGUUAAGAGAAUGAUUGUAAUGUUAUAUUUGUACAGUAUCAUACUAUGAAGCAACAUGUAUUGUUUUGAAUCUGGAGCUGGAAGGAUAUUUAUUUAACAAAAGCCGGGUCAGCUUUUAGCCUGCACCGUUUUUAGUGCCAAGUGUAUUUAACAGAUAGCGGACUUUAUUAAAUAUUUAGUAGACUUUGUUCUGUAUUCCAUAUUCUGUGUGAACUCAUAUCAGUUUUUGGUGUGCAGCACUCUUUCUUCAUUUUUUGGAUGUUUCAACUGUGUUGUGGUUUUUUGUCGUACUUUUGUCCACACAUAAUUUUUUCCUUUUCGUUUUCCUUUUCCAAAAAUUUGCCAGUUUCCCUAUAUUUCAUCUGCAUUGUUGUUGUUUAUUUAUUUAUCUAUUUAUUUAUUUGUAUUCUGGGUCUUGUAUUGUAGAGUGUAGUUGAAAAAGCUUGUAUUUUUGCUGCCUUAUGGUUCAUGGCUAAGUGACUUAAUGAAUUUAUCACAAAGUUUUGAUUUGCACUCAUCAUUAAUGACAAUAAAAAUGGGUUCAUUUUGGA